CGCAACGUCGGAUGAAGAUGCAAGUGGCGGUGAUUGGCGCUGGAGCCUCCGGGCUGGCGGCGGCCAGGCACCUGCUGGAGUCUCCACGGGGUCACAGCGUCACCGUCUUCGAGCGAGGCGACCAGCUGGGUGGCACGUGGGUCUUCACGGAAAAGACGGGACUCGAUGUGGACGGCCGGCCAGUGCACAGCAGCAUGUACCGCAGCCUCGAGACGAAUCUGCCCAAGGAGGUAAUGGCAUUUCCAGAUUACCCUUUUCCUGAGGGUGAGCAAUCCUACUUGCCGGCUGGCGAUGUGCUAAAAUACCUCAACGCAUACGCAGAUCACUUUGGACUUCGUCAUUGCAUUAAGUUCCGGCAGCACGUGGAACGAGUGCAACCACGUGGCUCUGUAUGGGAAGUGUCAACUACAAAUGUGGAUACAGCUGAAGUCACAACUUACCAGUUUGACUCUGUUAUGGUGUGCAGUGGACACUACUGGAAGGAGAAGAGGCCACAGCUGAGGGGUUCGCGCGAGUUCCGUGGCCGGCAGAGCCACGCCCACAACUACCGGCGCCCAGACGCCUACAGGGGGCGGCGAGUGCUUCUCAUCGGCUCCGGGCCUUCUGGCAUGGACCUAGCGCUGGAAGUCGCAUCUGUCGCUCAACAGGUCAUUCUUAGUCAUCAUCUUGAUAAGUCCAUUGGUCACUUGUUUCCAUCGAACGUGAUUGAAAAGCCAGAUGUGACAUCAAUCACAGAGACGGGUGCUAACUUCAGAGAUGGUACAUUCUGUGAGGUGGACGACAUUUGUUACUGUACAGGUUACAGCUACUCGUUCCCGUUCCUGACGCCGGACUGCGGCGUCCAGGUGGAGGCGGACGAGGUGCACCCGCUGCUGAUGCACGUGGUCAGUGUGGAGCGACCCACGCUGGCCUUCAUCGGUCUGCCCUUCAUCGUCUGCCCGUUCGCUCUCUUCGACCUGCAGUCACGGUUCUUCGUUGCGGUGCUGGACGGUCGCUGCAGCCUUCCCGACACCGACACUUUGCGACGCGACGCCGAGGCGGAGAGGCGUCGCCGCCGAGAGGAGGGCAUCCGUCCGCACUACCUGGGGCGGGAGCAGGUGCCCUACCUCAACCGGCUGGCAGACCUGGCUGGGGCGCAGCGCUUGCCGCCGGUGGUUUUCAAGCUCUUCGAGACCGUCGCCUUCCGGCUGUACGAGGACCUGGCUAACUACCGCCGUCAUAAUUUCCGAAUAGUAGACAACGAAACUUUCCAAGAGAUUGCUUGAUUACAAGCGCCUUUAGGUUUCCUUAGAUAUUAGUUCAUUUUUUACAUGUCAUGAAAGCUGUAACAGACUGACAAUGUGCUUGAUGUUAAAUGAAUUCAAAGAUACAAGUGGAGGUAGACGUGUAUAA